GAUACGUGGGUUGAUAUGAACCGCAGCAGACAUAAGAAGCGAAAAGUCCCGUAGUCAAAAAGCGUAAAGUGCAGUGAGUUAGUGGAAUAUUCGCAGAAAAUAUUAUAUUUAACCAACUGCAGCACGAUGGCAGACCUGAAGAAAGACUUGGACGAGUAUCUGCUGUUGCAGAGCGAUCAGAAAAAGAGCUUCAAACUCGAAAUGCCAAAGAUUCCCUCGAUGUCCACCCCCGGCAGUCUGGUAGGCAAACUGUUCGGCAAGAACCAGGAGAGUGAAGCAAACAGUUGGCUUAAGGACCCCCAGGAUACCUGUUGCCCGAAAUUGAGCCGAAUACAGCGAAUUGUUGGAUUUGUGACGUGCCUAGGACUGGGAGUUUUCUGUAUGAUUGUGUCAUCAUUUUACAUUCCUGUGUUGAUUCUCAAAGCAAGGAAGUUCGCACUUCUGUACACAUUGGGAAGCGUCUUCUUCAUCAUGAGCUUCUCGUUCCUGAGCGGCUUUGCGGCCAUGUUCCGGCAGAUGUUUUCCCGGGAGCGAUUAGCCCUAUCCAUAUCGUACAGCUGCUGCCUUACAGCGACGUUGUACUUUGCAAUGGUUGAACAGAGCACCGCCCUAACCGUGCUAUUUGCCGUGGCACAAAUAAUUACACUACUGUGGAUGAUCCUAGGAGCGAUCCCGGGCGGAAUGACUGGUGUAAAGUUCUUCGGACAGAUGUUCCGUAGUUCCGUUUCCAAUAAUUUGCCGGUGUAAAAGAGAAACGGAUAAUUUUAUGUAAGGAUAUCGCUUAGCUUAAGAAAUCAAUAUUGAAGAAUAUAAUCCACUCCGGAAGCAAUCCCUGUGAUCGACGCAGAAUUGGAUACAUUGUAUUAAUAUAUUUAGUAGUGUAUGUACUCGUAGAUCGAAAGGAUUUAAAUAAACCUUUAAUGUCUGUCUAUUUCUGAA